AUGCUCAGCGGGCCCCCGAGGAUCGUCCCCUUCGUCGUUAUCUUCCUCGUUCUUUGCCUUGUGUGGUGGUACCUUCACAUUGUCCCAGGCGCGUCAUCAAUACCGGCAUGGAAGUCAGGCGCUUUAACAUCGUCUACGCCGCCCGCGUCGUUGCGCGGCGACCCGCUCGACUUUGGAAUCCCGCUGCGGUUUACAGAUGGCCAGGCUAAACCGCCAGGCAGCAAUUACACCUUCAAGAUUGUGAUACCUAAGACGGAGAAAGAAGACAUAGGGUGGAUGGCGGAAGAGAUUCCAGAUGCGCCGCUAGUCAUCUACGAAGUAGACAAGGCAGAUGCGGAGCACAAGAUCCCUAAGAAUAAGGGCCGCGAGGCCAUGGUGUACCUAUCCUACAUCAUCGACCAUUACGACGAUCUCCCCGACACGACUAUCUUCAUGCACGCCCACCGCCACGCGUGGCACAACAACAUGCUCCUCGGCCUCGACGCUGCACAAAUGAUAAAGCGCUUGAACCACGAACGCGUAGCUCGCUUAGGUUACAUGAACGUACGCUGUCACCACGACCCGGGCUGCCCAGACUGGAUACACAUGGACCGCCCCGGCGGCGACUUUGACUUCUACCAUAAGCCCGAGGAGAUUUACUGGCGGAGGGCCAUUUGGGAAGAGAUACACCCUGGCGCAUCCAUCCCGCCAUCGAUAUCAGGUAUCUGCUGCGCGCAGUUUGCCGUGUCGCGACAACGUAUCAGGGAGGUGCCCAUCGAGCGCUUCAUACACUAUCGCAAGUGGCUCCUCACCACAGGCAUGGACGACCAGUUCUCUGGCCGCGUGUUUGAAUACAUAUGGCACUAUAUUUUCACCGGCCAUGAGGUCCUUUGCCCCGCCAUGAACACAUGCUACUGCGACGGUUACGGUAUCUGCUUCGGCGGUCGGCAGAAGUUUGACGACUACUUUGCGAAACAGGAUGAGCGGAAUAAGCAAAAUGAGAUGCUGGACGCGUACAAUAAGAGAGAGGAGGAAGCCAAGAAGGAGAACAAGGACCCGGGCUUCAACCAAACGGAGAUUGAAGAUCGGGAUAAGCUGCGACGCACAAUCGGGUCUAUGGAUGUGGAGAUGGAUAAAUUACGGGAAGAAGCGAAGAAGAGGGGAGAUGAUCCGAAGGCGAGGAAAGAGGAGACGGAGACUUGGGACUCUUCGCAUAUUUGGGACUAUGCGCCGCAUGGCGAUUAG